GUGAAAGGUAGAGUGACGUGACUGUGACGCUGCAGAUUACUUCCGACGUCAGUGCAUUACGCGCAUACGCACGCACCGGGGAACUACGUACGCACGCGGCUUUACAGACUGCGUUUAGUCGCUAGUUCCCGCUUUGCCGGCUCGGAGUACUAAGGGCGCAGCUCGUUGAGGAGUCGCACACUUCAGACGCGACAGAAAGUCACAGUUCACACCGACGGAGGUCGCUUACAGACUGCGCAAUGCCAAAGAAUAAAGGUAAGGGAGGCAAAAACAGAAGGCGUGGUAAGAAUGAGAAUGAGUCAGAAAAGCGAGAGCUGGUAUUCAAAGAAGAUGGACAAGAGUAUGCCCAAGUAAUCAAGAUGUUGGGAAAUGGCAGACUAGAAGCCAUGUGUUUUGAUGGAGUGAAAAGGUUAUGUCACAUAAGAGGAAAACUACGAAAAAAGGUUUGGAUAAACACAUCAGACAUCAUAUUGGUUGGCUUACGAGACUAUCAAGACAACAAAGCAGAUGUUAUUCUAAAAUACAAUGCAGAUGAAGCCAGAAGUCUGAAAGCCUAUGGAGAGCUUCCAGAACAUGCUAAAAUUAAUGAAACAGACACAUUUGGUCCUGGUGAUGAUGAUGAAAUUCAGUUUGAUGACAUUGGAGAUGACGAUGAAGAUAUUGAUGAUAUCUAAUGUGAGACGAUUAUUCCAUUCCAAAUUCCAAGGAUUGUUCGACAAGGUUUUGUUUGGGAUUUUGAGUGCAGCCCUCCUAAAGAGAUGAUGAUCUCCACUGAAUAAAAUUUAUUUUCAGUUUUAAUGUAUUUAUAUUCAUUGAGUGUAGAGGUCAACAAUGCUUGAUCUGCAAAAUCUAAGCAGUGAAAUUUUAAUUUCCUAACCUGAGCUACUCUAUUGUGCUCUGCCCAUAUAAAAGAUGGGGACAUGCUGCCUUGAGUUCAUUUCUCCAUCUGGUCUGCACCAUGGUUUUUAAGUCUCUCUAUUUAUCAUGAUUUAAUUUGCUUGGACACUCAUUAGAUUAAGGAAUUGCGGUAUCUCUUCACUGCACAUUUAUUAUCCAUGAUUACUUUGCUGUGUCUGAAACUUCCGCAUUCAUGAUUUUACGUAACCCCCAAGUUUAUACAUUUGAGAUAUAGCAUCCUGGUCUUUGUGAUUGUUUUACUUCUGUACUUCUGCACUUCUGAUACUUCAGUUGUUUCAUACUGUUCUGGGAAGUAACUAUUAAAUUGUGAAAGUAUAUACAUGAGGCUUAAGAACGGAAUAAAUCUUUACCUAAUA